CGGUGCGGUCCGCCGUGCGUGGAAGUUGCUAGUCACAGGAGCCACAGUGGCGUUUGUAGUCUCCCGCUACUUGGGCUGCGGAUGUUAUUAAAUCCAUUGGCAUCGCCCUAAAUACAGGCCUGGUUGAUUUUUCCAGAGCCAUUGAUAGUAAACUGGAACAUCUACUGCACACGAAUAACUAUCAUUUCGUAUCAACAUUGAAUUUAGAAAGGGAUAAAGCUUACAUUAAAGGGAACAUGUAAACAGCACCUACCUACCUACCGGGUCAAGUUUUCAUUUUGUUGGAGAGACGAGCGCCUAGUUUCAAAUUGAUUGCAUUGGCUCGUCGGUCGGUGAAAGCUAACACCGUCCUGUGGAAUAAUAUAACCUUUCCCCCAACUUGGCACCGGACAAGGACAGCUUUGACAAAGGGGACUUUUGCUUUUUUUCCACGGCUCAACUCGCUAGCUUGCCUAGCGUUGGCUAGCGGCGCUAGCUAGCUAAGUUGAGAGGGAGGGCGAGACGACAAUGCUCCAACGUUCGGUAGGCCAACUUCUUUUACGGAAUACUUGAUUCGAGCGGAUACCGCGCGCGGCGGGAUAGACGCCCGUCGUUAUUGACGAGUUCGGAAUGAAAUGAAAUGAAUCGGGUCUGACGGGACGAUUGCGGCCUAGUGUGCUGGAUUUUCUUCACUGGCGUUUGCUUAUGGACACUUGAGUAUUUGCGCUCGCAACGUUGGUUAAUGAGUUGCUCGGACCGCCGAGGCCCAGCCGCAGGACAAGUGGUACCGACGCCGGCUUAAGGGAUGCCUGGGUCGGACCGAGACCGACACCACGGGACCAAGCGGAAGCCGGAGUCGAGCAUCGGCGCCGCCCUCCACACGGCCGCGACCGGCAAAGAGGGCAAGUCGCACUUGAAAUCUCUGAUGGCCUCCUCCAAACGCAAACGACAUAAAUCGGCCAAAGUCCGGGAUUUGCCGGCGGCAGAGGCAGAGGCCGAGGCCGAGGCGCAGCCGACGACCCUUCCCGAAGAGCAUAUUUUACAGGGCCGCGCGGCGCCUCCUAGCGUCCACCUCAUGAAGCCUCUGGUGGAGUACGACGAUAUCAGCUCGGAUUCGGACACCUUCUCGGACCCGCCGACCGCUAGACUGGCCGACAGGGUGGUGGUGAUGGAGCGACUCCAACCCUCGCCCGACUACACGGCCAACGAACCCGCCCGCGAGAGCAAGAGCCACAGACACUCUCGCAGAAAGUCCAAAGACCCCAACAAAGUUCGAGACCCCGGUAACGGGGAACGCGGCUUCAAAAAGAAGAGCGGCAAGGACCGCGACAAAAGCGCUCCCGGCGCCGGCAAGGAGAAAUCCGCGUUGUCCGGACCGUCCAAGUGCCGCCUUCAGCAGGAAGCGGACUUCAAGAGAGGAGAGCCCGCCGUCUCGCAAAUGCCGCCUGCGGUCGGCGCCCCCUCGUCCCGCGGCAAGGAGGGCGGCCGCCCGGGCAAGCCCCGCAAGGACAAGCAGCAGAGGCGAGAGGCCCGACUAGAAGCCGCUCACGGCCAACCGCAGCGGGCCAGGGGAGAACGGAGUCACCGCAAAUCCUCCAAGAGCAACAAGUCCGGCCCCAAAGGCAAAUCCGGCCGAGGUAGCCCUCGCAGAAAAAGCGCCGCCCUGUCGCCCGGUCCCAGGAGGGCGGACAGCCCGCCGGGCGGACAGAUGAUGGACGACUACUCCAGGCGGAAGGCUUUCCAGCAGUGCCCCAGUCCCUACGGGGACACCGGCCGGCGCGGUAGGCAGAGAUCGGACAGCCCCUACGGCGGCAGGCGCAGGUCGUCCAGCUUCGAGCGGGACGGCAGUCCCUACUCCCGGAGGCGUUCCGUCAGCCCCUACGCCGCCCGACGCUCCUCCAGCGCCAGUCCCAGCCCCCUGUCGAGGCGCUCCGGCCGUUCCCGAAGCAGAUCCCCUCCGCUGUACUCCUCGUCUUCCUCCUCUCGCCGCUCAUCCUCCCGUUCCCGCGGCAAGCGUCACGGGCCGGCGGCCGGGACGUCGGGCGGCGGCUCUUACGGCGGCCGGCCCCCCAGCCGCUCACCUCCACGCUUGCCUCUCAACUCCAGCCUGGGCGCGGAGCUCAGCCGGAGGAAGAAAGAGCGGCAGGCGGCCGAGGCGGCGGCCGCGGCGGCGGCGGCCCGCGCCGGCGCGUCUUCUCCCGGCGCGCAGAAAGCGCCGGCCCCCUCCUCGUCCUCCUCUUCCUCUACCUCGCGGCCCAGAGCGGAGGAGGCGGCGAAUGAUUCCGGAGAAGCGGAAUCUCAACCUCCGCCUUUGGCGCGGCCGUCACCGGAAGCGACCGCGUCGGAAGAAGCGGCGGCGGCGGCGGCCCCCUUGCCCCCGACGCCGGCCGCCUUCUCUCCGGCCGAACCGUCGCCCCCCGAGCCCCCGGGACCGAGCUUCUCGGACGCGGCGCCACAGCUCCCGCGAGCCGACGCCCUCGUCGCGCCUCCGCCGCCCAAAUCUCCCCUUCCUAUCCCCGCGCGCAGUCCCGCCCGACAGACGCCGCUCCACAAAACGUCGACGCUGCCGCCUCUGCCUUUGCCCCCCGUGUUGCUGGGAAAUUCUCAGGGCAGCCCAAAGAAGUCCACUUUUCCUCAGCGAGGGUCCAGGAGGGAGAAGGAAAUCCGGAGCCGGCCGUCAAUCAUCGACCUCCCGCUGCCGCCCACCCUGCCCGGGGGAGACUCCUCGCCCCUCCAGUUGGCCACCCAUCAGGGAUUGUCGCUCACCCAGCCGGCCCUCAAAAGGAGACCAAAGAUUUGUUGCCCUCGAUACGGCGAGCGCAAACACACCAUGAGCGACUGGGGCAAGCGAUGCGUGGAUAAGUUCGACAUCAUCGGAAUCAUCGGAGAGGGCACCUACGGCCAAGUGUACAAAGCCAAGGACAAAGACACGGGCGAGUUGGUGGCUCUGAAAAAAGUACGCUUGGACAACGAGAAGGAGGGCUUCCCCAUCACGGCUAUCAGAGAGAUCAAGAUCCUGCGCCAGCUCAAGCACGGCAGCGUGGUCAACAUGAAGGAGAUCGUCACCGACAAGCAGGACGCGCUGGAUUUUAAAAAGGACAAAGGAGCCUUCUACCUGGUCUUCGAGUACAUGGACCACGACCUGAUGGGCCUGCUGGAGUCGGGCCUGGUCCAGUUCUCUCACGAGCACAUUCGCAGCUUCAUGCGCCAGCUGAUGGAGGGCCUGGACUACUGCCACAAGAACAACUUUUUGCACCGUGACAUCAAGUGUUCCAACAUACUGCUCAACAACAGAGGUCGGAUUAAACUGGCCGACUUUGGCUUGGCUCGUCUUUACAACUCGGAAGAGAGUCGACCGUACACCAACAAAGUCAUCACGCUGUGGUACCGCCCCCCCGAGUUGCUGCUGGGCGAGGAGAGGUACUCGCCGGCGAUCGACGUGUGGAGCUGCGGGUGCAUUCUGGGAGAGCUGUUCACCAAGAAGCCCAUUUUUCAAGCCAAUCAGGAGCUCCUGCAGCUGGAGCUCAUCAGUCGCCUGUGCGGCUCCCCUUGUCCCGCGGUCUGGCCCGACGUGAUCAAGUUGCCUCUCUUCAACACCAUGAAGCCCAAGAAGCAAUACCGCCGGCGACUACGGGAGGAAUUUGCUUUCUUGCCGACCCCCGCCCUGGACCUGCUGGACCGAAUGCUGACACUGGACCCGUCGCGGCGCUGCACGUCGGAGGGGGCGCUCCACAGCGACUUCCUGCGCGACGUGGACCCCGACAACAUGCCGCCGCCGGAUUUGCCCCAUCAUCAAGACUGCCACGAACUGUGGAGCAAGAAGCGGCGACGCGCGCGUCAGAGCGGGCUGCCCGAGGAAGCCCUCCCCAAAGCGCCCCGGAAGGAAUCGUCCGGCGGGGAAAACAGUCGUCCUCAAAGCAGUCCGGCCGGGGCGCCUCCCGCGCCGCCGCCGCCGCCGCCUCCUCCGCCUCCUCCUCCCCCGCCGGGAAAGCCGCCUCCGAACGCCGUCCCGGACAAUGACUUGUCAGCGUUGGGAGCCGCCGCCGAGCAACUCAACCAGACGGAGAUGGCCCUGCUGCUCAACCUCCUCCAAGGCCAGACGGAGUUCUCCAUCCCGCAGGUCUCCCAGCUCCUCAGCCUGUCGGACGCCGAGACGGCGGACGGGCCGGCCCCCGGCGAGGCCCCCGAGCGGCCGGCCGCCGAGGCGCCCGAGCCGUCCCCGGCGGAGGACGCGGCGCGCCUCCCGGAGGACCAGGCCGGCCUGCUGGCGCUCAUCCUGGGCCACAUCAUCAAGCCGGAGGGCGAGGAGCGAGCCGCCGACGAGAGCAGCAACGGCGUCCGCUCGGAGGAGCCCCUAACGCGCGCUUCGUCCGCCUCUACUACUGAGCGCAAGGAUGCGGCCAAAAGGAAGGCGUUCCGCAGUUGUCCUUUGCCCCCGCGUCCACCCUCCCCUCCGGAGCUCCCCCUACCCUGCCCGAGUCAGGAUAACGGCACGUCGGCCGUGGCGGCCGCUCUCCUGCGUCUCAUCUCUGACGCCGGGGCCUCUUCGGCAGGAGAGGAGCCGGUCGCGGAGGCGUCACCCGGUCCCGAGGACGCAAUUGGAGCUCUUGAAAGCGAUGCGGCCGAGUUCCCCAAAGACCGGGACCUCCGCUUUUCCCACUGAGUGUGCCGAGGGUCACGUGAUCAUUUGUGAUGAAAUGUCAGUGGAAUUGAAACUUGGAUCAUUUCCCAUCCGAUGCUGCUCCGUGACUUGCCAUCCGCUGAAAAGGGUUAAAAAAACAACAACAACUGUAUCGUGACAGGCCUUAUUCUUCUUUUGCUCUUCAAAACAUGAAACGAGUCGCUCAGCGACAAGAAACUUUGCGCUUUUCCCGGAGCUGCUGCUCUUUGCCUCCGUCUCCCUAACGGCCUUUUCUUUUGGAGAGAAAACGAUUGGCUUGAAGAAAAAGUCAUUCAAACCACGACCAGGGUUUUUCUUCAAGACUGUAUUUCACGCGUGAUAGAGUCUAAGAGGAAAAGAAAUAUUUUGUAAUAUAUGUUUUGACGGUUGAGUUUAUUAAAGGAUAAUAUGCGACCACGAUCCAAACGCUUCCAAUUA